GAGCGGGCUCUGGAAACAGCGGGCACCAUGGUCCACUUCGCCCCGCUGUCCAUGCCGCUGAAGCGCAGGCUACAGACCGCUGCCGUGUUGCAGUGGGUGUUCAGCUUCCUGGCUCUGGGUCAGUGCUGCACCUUGGUCUUCUUUGGACUCCUGUUCACCCGGUUCUGGCUGGUUAGCUUUCUGUAUGCCGUCUGGUGGUGCCUCGACUGGGAAACACCCAGCAGGGGUGGGCGGCGAUUCAACUGGCUUCGGACCUGCAGCAUCUGGAGAUACAUGAGAGACUAUUUCCCUGUGUCUCUCAUCAAGACAGCCGAGCUGGACCCCAGGAGGAACUACUUGGCCGGUUUCCACCCACACGGGGUGCUGGUGGCCGGCGCUACAACCAACUUCUGCACCGAGGCCACGGGCUUCUCCAGCCUGUUCCCUGGCAUCCGACCUCACCUGAUGAUGCUGACGCUCUGGUUCCGCAUCCCCUUCUUCCGGGAGUAUAUCAUGUCUGGAGGACUGGUCUCAUCAGACAAGGAGAGUGUGGUGCACCUGCUGAGCAAGAAAGAGGGUGGAAACCUGCUGGUUAUCGUGGUUGGGGGUGCACGCGAAGCCCUGGAUGCCCGUCCUGGGGCCUAUAAGCUGCUACUGAACAGCCGGAAGGGCUUCAUCCGUCUCGCCCUGCAAUACGGGGCUCCGUUGGUGCCUAUCUUCUCCUUUGGAGAAAACGAGCUGUUUGACCAGGUCAGCAACCCCUCAGGCUCCUGGCUGCGCUGGGUGCAGGAGCGGCUGCAGAAGGUCAUGGGCAUCUCCCUCCCCUUGUUCCACGCCCGCGGUGUGUUCCAGUACAGCUUCGGUCUGCUCCCCUACCGGCGCCCCAUCUACACCGUGGUCGGGAAGCCGAUUGAGGUGGAGAAGAAGACCAACCCCACCGAGGAGGAAGUGGACCAGUUGCACCAGCUGUACAUGGAAGAACUUUAUAACCUCUUCGAGGCUCACAAGACCAAGUACAACGUCCCUGACGACCAGCACCUUGAAUUCCAGUGAUGCCAGGGCCCGGCCAAGACGAGGCUGACUGGAUGGAUUUGGCAAGCUGGAGGGCCAGGAAGGCAACCGAGGCUGGGGCCUCCUGCAUGCCAGCCUUCUGUUGGGGAACGUCUCGCCGCCAGUGUGGGCUGGAGUUGUCCUGUGGCAGUCUUUCCUCCCCGCAAACUCCAUCUCCCUGGUUCAUUCAUUUAUUCCUUCAUUCAGUCGUAUUUAUUGAGCCCUUACUGUGUGCAGAGC